UCUCUCACCCGCAUGAAAGGUCUUCGUCUCCGUUCAAUCCAGCCCACUGCUUUAGCUCGCAUCAGCUCAGAAGCUCGCCGAGCACUGCAGCUCGAAUCAGCUCCGGGAACCUCGUAUGCCGGCGGAGCUUGCAUCCCUGUGAUGAUUCAUUUCGUUCUUGAAGUGUCUGGCAGCAGAGUCGCUCGUCAUAAUCAAGAUUGGUGAUAUCUGAAAUUGGGGUGGAACCGUUCCAAUCUCUGUGCUUUAGCUCAUCUGAGUCGUCGACUCUCAUUUUUCAGUAUUUAGGGAAUUAAGCUAAAGUGAAAUGGCUGGAGGGGGAAUCAUCCGCCAACUCCUGCGUAGGAAGCUUCAAGCUCAGUCUUUUACAUCUCCAACUUUGACGUCCCUUUUCUCAAAGAAAGGUCACGAUGGAGCUGGGUCUUCUCAGAUGAACCCUUUGAGAGUCCUUGCACUCCUUGGUGCUGGCGUCUCGGGUUUUUUGAGCUUCGGGACAAUUGCUGCCGCAGAUGAGGCUGAACAUGGUUUAGCAUGUCCAAACUACCCCUGGCCCCACAAUGGAAUUCUCAGUUCCUAUGAUCAUGCAUCGAUUCGUCGGGGUCACCAGGUCUAUCAGCAAGUUUGUGCAUCUUGCCAUUCCAUGUCUCUCAUAUCAUACCGUGAUCUGGUCGGAGUAGCUUAUACGGAAGAUGAGGUAAAGGCUAUGGCUGCCGAGAUUGAGGUGGUUGAUGGGCCAAAUGAUGAGGGUGAGAUGUUCACUCGUCCUGGUAAACUCAGCGACCGGUUCCCUCAACCAUAUGCAAAUGAGCAAGCAGCUAGGUUUGCUAAUGGAGGGGCCUAUCCCCCUGAUUUGAGUCUCAUCACUAAAGCCCGUCACAAUGGUCAGAAUUACGUGUUUGCCCUUCUCACUGGUUACCAUGAUCCCCCUGCUGGUAUUACGAUUCGGGAUGGAUUGCACUACAAUCCAUACUUCCCUGGUGGAGCAAUUGCUAUGCCAAAGAUGCUUAUUGACGGGGCUGUUGAGUAUGAGGAUGGGACACCAGCGACAGAAGCUCAGAUGGGGAAAGACGUUGUGACAUUUUUGUCCUGGGCUGCUGAACCAGAGAUGGAGGAAAGGAAACUGAUGGGAUUCAAGUGGAUCUUUCUAAUGUCGUUGGCCCUGCUCCAAGCUGCCUACUUCAGACGCUUGAGGUGGUCGGUUUUAAAGUCGCGCAAGCUGGUUGUCGAUGUUGUCAACUAAAGCUUCCGUCUACAUCAGUAUGUCAGGAUCAUCCUUUUGCGCUAGAAUCUUCAAAACAAUUAUCCUUACCACCAGAUGAUUAUUUUGGUUGCGUGCAUUUUGUGAAGUCAGUUCUACGAGUAACGAUGUUUGGUAAAUAGAGUUCCUUCCCCCUGAAGGAUUUUCUUUGUUUCUGAGUUCGAGAUGGAAAUAAGCAUCCUCAGCAUGACCUACUGCAGGAUAUUCUUCUAUGUACGAGUUAUCGGUUGUUGUUCUAGUUCCAGAACUUCAAGAUCUAUGCAACAAGGCCCUCUCUCUCUCUCUCUCUAA